CUUGUCUCCUCCACACUUUCGCUACUCUCUCUCUUCUCCUCUCCUUUUUUCCUUGAUUCCUUCUCUCUCUCUAAAAACUUCAAUUCUUCUUUGUAUAAAUUCAAGCCAUCCUCUUAUUGAUUGCCUUCGCUCGUUCGAGUUUCUCAUCCUCUUCUAGGAGAUUCAUUCAUUCAAGAGCUCUUUUGUGAGAUCUGAAGUUUGUUUUACGAUUUGAUCGAGGUUGAGGUUGAGGUUGUGUUCAACUGUUUCUUCUACUGGUAGAAUUAGGUUUGAAUUUGUAGAUCUGUUUGAGUUUUAGUUUUCUUGUAAGAAAUCUUCUAGUUGAGAGUUGGUUUGAUAUAUAUAUAUAUAUAUAUAUAAUAUGACUUUUGUUAUAUUCGAAUCAUCAUGAUCAUUAGAUUAAGCAGUGUUUUGAACAAGAUCAGAUCUGUUCGAAGAAGAUGAAUCAAUAUGCAGUUCAACUGAACAACUGUACUAGCUAUGAGGAGAUUAAGAGUUCUUUCUCCGGUUCCGUUUCAAUCAUAUCUGACCGCCGCGUUGAAAGGGAAAGCGUUUUCUGCCCUAAGCCACGCCGUUUCCCUCUUGCGAAUUCGGCCGUCAAUGAUCCGAUCAGACCACUGAAAUGGUAUCAAAGCAGUAAUCAAGUUGAACCAUGUGAAUCAAGAGUAGGAAUAGAUCUGUUGGACAUCAUCCUCCCCAACUCCUCCAAGGCCGGGGUUGGUGUUGGUGUUGGAGAUCAAUUGUACAGUCAGUUAGGUUCGUCGCCCCCAUUUUUUUGUGGGUCGCCGCCGAGCAGAGUAUCUAACCCAUUAAUCCAGGAUGUAAGAUUCAGGGACGAGAUGUUCACCCCAAUCUCGCCACCAACUCAAGUUGGUGGGUCGUCGUCGCCGAGGAAAGGAGGGUGCAUGAUGAUAACGAAUUUUGGUAACAAUCCAACUGUGAGAGUAGAAGGGUUUGACUGUCUCGAUAGGGAUCGCCAACGCAAUUGUAGCAUCCCUACCCUGGCUUAGAACCCUAAAACCAGAACCAUCAGGACCAGAAAGAAGAAAAUAGUAAAUACAAUAGUAGAUUAAAGGAGGAAGAAGAAGAGGGUUUGUGUAUAGUUGUGAAAAAGGGUUUGUUAUUGUAAAUGGAUUAAUCAAUAGUAGAUUAGUAGUAAAAUCAAAUCAAAUGAAAAUCAAUAAAAUUGUCAAUGUUGAGA